GCUUACUAAAACGAAGCAGCAAUUCGUGUCCGUGGCUUGGACGGGUGGGAUGCUGCAUGUUAUGGCAGAAAGUGCGGCGACUGGUUGAUGUAAUCGGGCUUUGAGAGACCCCACUAAAACGUCCACUCUGGCGUUAUAGUUGAGGCAGGCAUGACGCCUAGCCACCCCACUAUAACUACAAAACCUAAACACCAGCACGUCUGCGCAACUUCUCUUCUUCAAUCUUUUCCCCAUCGACAGACUGCCCAUCAUGCCGUACGGAAAGACUGACGAGCUCGCCAUCAACACCAUCCGAACCCUAGCGGUCGAUGCCACCUUCCAGGCAAACUCCGGCCACCCGGGUGCCCCUAUGGGCAUGGCCCCGGUUGCCCACGUCGUGUUCAACAAGUUCAUGACUUUCAACCCCAAGAACCCCAAAUGGGUCAACCGCGACCGCUUCGUUCUCUCCAACGGUCACGGAUGCAUGCUCCAGUAUGCGCUGAUCCACCUGUUCGGCUACAACGUCAGCAUUGACGACUUGAAGAACUUCCGCCAAGUCGACAGCAUCACCCCCGGUCACCCCGAGUCCCACGACACCCCCGGUAUCGAGGUCACUACUGGCCCUCUUGGUCAGGGUUUCGCCAAUGCCGUCGGUCUCGCCAUUGCUGAGAAGCACACUGCUGCCGUCUUCAACAAGCCCGGCUACGAGCUGAUCAACAACCACGUCUACAUGUUCUUCGGUGAUGGCUGCGCCAUGGAGGGUAUUGCUAGCGAGGCUGCCUCCACUGCCGGUCACUUGAAGCUCGGAAACCUCAUUGCCAUCUACGAUGACAACCACAUCUCCAUUGACGGUGACACCAAGUGCGCUUUCACUGAGGAUGUCAGCAAGCGAUUCGAGUCCUACGGCUGGCACGUACAGCACGUCGAGGACGGUGACUCCGACCUCGAGGCCAUCGAGAAGGCCAUCGCUGAGGCCAAGAAGGUCACCGACAAGCCCUCGAUGAUCAAGCUUACCACCACCAUCGGUUUCGGUUCCAAGCUCCAGGGUACCGGCGGUGUCCACGGCAACCCCCUCAAGGCCGACGAUUGCAAGCAGGUCAAGGAGAAGUUCGGCUUCGACCCCGAGAAGAUGUUCGACGUCCCCCAAGAGGUCUACGACAUGUACCACAAGCACGCCGCCGAGGGUGCUGCUGCUGAGGAGGAGUGGAACAAGCUCUUCCAGAAGUACGGUGAGGAGCACAAGGAGCUUCACGCUGACCUGUCCCGCCGAUUGACUGGCGACCUUCCCGAGGGCUGGCAGAAGGCCCUCCCUACAUACAAGCCCACCGACCCUGCCAUCGCCUCAAGAAAGCUCUCCGAGAGCGUUCUCGAGGCCAUCCACGACGUCGUUCCCGAGCUUCUCUCUGGUUCCGCCGAUCUGACUGGCUCCAACAACACCCGAUGGAAGAAGGCCGUCGACUUCCAGCCUCCGGAGCUCGGCAUUGGUGAAUGGUCUGGUCGAUACCUGAGAUACGGUGUCCGCGAACACGCCAUGGCUGCCAUCAUGAACGGUAUGUCCGCAUACGGCACCAUCAUCCCCGCCGGUGGUACUUUCUUGAACUUCGUUUCAUACGCUGCCGGUGCCGUUCGUCUGUCCUCUCUUUCACACCAGCGCGUCAUCUACGUCGCUACUCACGACUCCAUCGGUCUUGGUGAGGAUGGUCCCACCCACCAGCCUAUCGAGACUCUCGCCCACUUCCGCGCUCUGCCUAACAUGAUGGUCUGGCGCCCAGCCGAUGGAAACGAGUGCUCUGCUGCUUACUACAUGGCUCUUACCUCCAAGGAGACGCCUUCCAUCCUUGCCCUUACCCGUCAGAACCUGCCCCAGCUUGAGGGCUCAACACUGGAGAAGGCCAUCAAGGGUGGUUACGUCGCUCUUGAGAACAAGGACGCCCAGAUCACCCUCGUUUCCACUGGUUCUGAGGUCUCCCUCUGCUUGGAGGCCGUCAAGACCCUCAAGGACCAGGGCAUCACCGCCCGUGUUGCAUCCCUGCCUUGCUUCGAAGUCUUCGAUGCGCAAGACAAGGACUACAAGAUGUCGGUUAUCCCCGCUGGUAUCCCAUCUCUCAGUGUUGAGGUCAUGUCCACCAUGGGUUGGGAGAAGUACUCGCACGAGCAAUUCGGUCUUAACCGCUUCGGUGCCUCUGGACCAUACAAGGAGGUCUACAAGAAGUUUGAGUUCACCCCUGAGGGUAUUGCCAAGCGUGCUAAGGCUACCAUUGACUUCUACAAGGAGGUCAAGCCUCUCCGAUCUCCUCUCGACCGCGCGUUCCAGCAACUCAUCUAAGCGUUUGCGUAGCGUAAGAUUUGCUUUCUGGAGGUUCUUGAGAUUCUGGAGCAUUGUCUCUGGCUUGUAAUGAGUGACGAUAUGUAAGAAGCAGCAGCCUGCUUCAUGAAGAAGGGAAAAAUAUGACCCGAGUAAAUAGAAUUUGAUUCCCCCUUUAAUUAUGUUUAGGGCAUUCUGUGAUGUUCAAACUAUAUGUAUAUUGUACCGAAAGUCCACCGUUACCUGAAGUUUGCAAAGGGUCCUACUCGGACCAAGUUUCGAAAUAUAAAAUGAUCAUCAGCAGCG